UAGUUUGUGGAAGGAAAAAGACAACCUAGUCUCAACAAACCUGCUCAUACAUAGGAAAAUGAAACGUUUCCAUCCGUGACAAUACUAAGAGUUGACUGCAGGACAUUGUUAUUUAUUCAAUAAGAUGGGUGACAGUAACAUUUAUAGUUGAGCUAGUUAGCUAGUUAGCAUAGCCUUCUAGGUACCGCUUGUGGUUGCUUAGCGACCUGGAUCGCUAGCGUCGAGAGCGCUGCUUGAUAGCUACGUUAGCUUAGCCAUUAGCUUAGCUAAAAGAAAUUCAUGUGAUUGGAUUGCAACUUACAACUCGGUUAUUGCUUUUGUGUAUUAUUAAGUACCUGGAGCAAACAGCGUCUGAUGGAGCACAAUAUAGGGUCAAACUGACACUUUACUGCAGUUUACAAGAGAAGCGUGUGUUUACUUGUGCACAGUUACAGUCAAGUUAACAUAUACUGAAGCAGAGCAGCAGCAUGGGAGAGAUCUGAAGGGGAGGUUUCCAUCCUACGUCAAAGUGACUUUAAAGUGCAGCUCCAGAUCUCAUCCACGGCCCUCAUCGACCCCACGGGUCACCGCCCCCCAAAUUUGAACACUUUUUAACUCCCAGUGGUUACGACAUAAACAACAACAACUUCUACUCUGCAGACUCGGGUUACACUCCUCCAUCAGAUGGCGUUCUGCCUGGCUGAGCUGCACUUGUGGUCCACCAAGAGCUCACUCCAAGUUAAAGAUACAGAUAUUGGCACCUAUCAGUACUAUGAUAAAGGAGAGCCAGCCACUUCCACAGAGCAUCACUACUACAAUGAGAAACUCCGGUUUUGUGAUGCUCGAGGCUAUCCAUGGACCCCCAGAAACCACCGACCAGAGAAGCUACGUGAUUCGCUGAGGGAGUUGGAGGAGCUGCUGCAGACCAACACCUGUGUUCACACCAGAUGGCGAAACAAGCAUUGCUGCCAGCUGAUUCUACACAGUGGAGUUUUGGUGACUUUGACCCUUAAUGGACCUCAACUUGAACAAGUGUGCAUAGACCGCACAUUAGUGGGCCGACUACCUGCCAACACCGUCACUGAUGGUGUCUUAAAGGACCAGCUGAUUCUGCUGUCCUUCCUGGAGCAGAGCCAAGUGGCUGCAGUUUACCUCAACAGAAAGAACCAGGACUCUGCAGACGGUGGCAGGCGAACAGACAAACUCUCACCCUCUGAAAUCAAGGUGUUGUGUGUGGAGUUGAGCGCGCAGGGUCGCAGGCUUCGCAGACACGUGGCUCUCAACCGUCUCCAGGAUGUGGCGCUCUGCUGGUGGAACCUGGACGAGCCUGGUGACGAGCUGUGGCCCUGGACUCCCACAGACGCACACAGGAACAACCUGGUCCUCCUCAGCUGCUCACCUACUGAAGGCCUCAAGGUUCUUAGCUCCGUCCGGACAGAAGGCCACCCGCUGGACUGCCGUUUCAGCCUACUUCAACCCUACCAGCUGCUAACACUGGAGCUACCAGCAAGACCCCCAGGAUCCGGAGGUGGAUCAUCGGCCGACAACUGUGUGUAUGAAUGUGCGCGAGGGCGCCUGCACCGUGUGUCUGUCACCCACAUCCCACUACCAGUGCCGCCCAUUACCUGCACUCAUCACCCCUCUGAAACCAUGCUCCUCCUGGGCUUAAGUGACUCCUCCUUGGUUCUGUACGACCAGCGACGAGGGGUCAGUGUCCUGGCCUCCUGCCCAGUGUCACCCAACCUCCUUGCCUGGCACCCUGCUGGAGCUGUGGCCGUGGUGGGGGGAGGGCAGGGAGAGCUGAUGUGCUUUGAUGCGGGCUUGGCACCUUUGAACAUGGCACUGGUGGCAGAGGAGGUAGCUGCAACCGACACACUGAGACUAGCUCAGCACCUGCGUUACUCAGGAGGCCUGCGAGGACUACAGUGGGCGACAGGCCUGGAAGGAGGUGCGGAGGGGACAGAUAUGCUGAUGCAGGCCUUUCAUGGAGGACCACUCGCUGUCCUGAGAUUCAGACUAGGAGCUCUGACAGGAGGUCAGAUGGGUCCUGGGGAGCUGCUGCAGCAGCGGCUGCUCUGUGGACAGGUCAGAGAAGCUCUGGGCAUCCUGGAGUCCAUGGACUGGAGCAUCAUGGGAGACGAAUGCCACCAAGGCCUGAGCUCCAUCACCAACUACCUGCUGAGGCUGGAGCUGAACGCAGAGAGAGAGGCCCAACUUGAAGCAGCUCUGGGUGUGUUUUAUUCUCCGCCUGCUCCCCUCUCUGAUACGGUGAUACUGGAGUACAGGGAGCCAAUCAGUACAUAUGCCCGCCGCUUUUUUCACCACCUUCUCAGACACCAGCGCUUUGAGAAGGCCUUCCUCCUCGCUGUGGAUCUGGAAGCCAGAGAUUUGUUCAUGGACCUCCAUUAUGUUGCCAGUGAUAAGGGCGAGGUGGUGCUAGCGGAUGUGGCCAAAAGGAAAGCUAAUGAAAUGGAGGCCCGGGCCAUCGCAGGCAACGAUCCCAGUGGCAGACAUGAUGUGUGUGGUUCCAGCCUCAGCGACAGACGGACAGAGAGGAACCAAAGUGCAGUGGGACCUUUGUACCCGGACAUUUCCACCACACACGUGGACGGAAGAUCCAGUCAGAGGAGAAUACAAGCCGAGCGCCUUCAUGUGACCGUGAGCCCACACGUGUUCAGGACACUGAGACAAACAGGAAACACUGAAGGUGACAGAGGCAGCGUGAACGGAGAAGACGACGCUGGGACGCUUCAUGUGGUUCAUUUAGGAAUGGUUUGAGGAAACAGACCUGGAGGUUUUAUAUUAUAUUAUAUUAUAUUAUAUUAUAUUAUAUUAUAUUAUA